AUGGCGAGAACACGUGUGGCAGCAGCCAGAGGUAGAGGAGCAUGUACAGGGGCUGCGCCGGUUCAGGACGGAGUUCCAGCAGCUGAUCCCGUGCCUCCAAUGGAUCCUAAUGAAGCCGCAAAAAAUGCAGCCGUACCUACUCAGCCAGCGGCAAUGCCAGCUCCGCCAGGGGCCAUAGCUACUCCAGUGUUUCUGGAUAAGUAUAUUCUGUGUACUCCGAGGGAUAGAAGGAAGGAUGAGUUAGCUAAUAUUGAUCAGAGAAACUCGUCUGUUGCUAUUUACGAGUCCCGUUUCCAUUCCUUGUCCCGAUAUGCUUUUCAGUUGUUGCCUACUGAGGAGAAGAGGAUCAGGCGUUUCAUGAAGGUAUUCAAUAUUGGACUUCAGCUAUCAGCUCUUCAGCUUGUAGCCACUGGGGCUUCAUUCCAGGAGGUAGUGGAGCAUGUUUGUAUUGUUGAGGGGAUUAAACAGGAGGGUUAUGCAAAGCAGGGCAUAUUAAGAGGUUUUACGCCAGACUCAGACAAUGUAGACAGGGGACUCAGUAUCAGGCUCCCCGAGUUCCAUUUGCACCAGAUAGAGGAGGUAAAGACCGUGCACCAGCAGGGCGGGGCGGUCACACCACGGGUAGAGGUGGUGCUCAGCCCUCGAGAAGGUCCUCAGGCAGGCAGAGAUGGACAGCAGCCCAGCAGGGGCGGGGCUCAGACUAGACAGGGUAAUCACGAUGGUUCACAGGCUACAGAAGGGCGAGUCCAUUUGUACGCUUUCUUAGGUAGACCCGAGGCUGAGGCCUCCAAUGCUAUCAUCACAAGUAGUAUCUCAAUUUAUGACCAGAUGGCUUCUGUUUUAUUUGAUCCGGGUUCUACUUUUUCAUAUGUGUAUUCAUAUUUUGCUGUGGUAUUGGAUACGAUGUGUGAUACCCUUGAUGCUCCUAUCUAUGUUCCAGUGGUACGCGAGUUUGCGGAUGUGUUCCUUGCGGACUUGCCAGGUAUGCCACUUGACUGUGACAUUGACUUCCGAGUUGAUUUAGACCCAGGGACUCGUCCUAUCACUAUUCCACGUUAUAGGACAGCGCCAACAGAACUCAGGAAAUUGAAAGAACAGUUGCAAGAUCUUUUGAGGUAUCACCAGUUAAAUAUUCAGGCAAAGGAUGUCCCCAAGACAGCUUUCAAGAUCAGGUAUAAGCACUAUGAGUUCUUGGUUAUGUCUUUUGGGCUUACACAUGCCCCAGCUGUGUUCAUGGACCUGAUGAAAAGUGUUUUUAAGCCCUUUUUAGACUCAUUCGAAAAGAAGGUGAUUGCUUACGCUUCUCAACAGUUGGAAGUGUAUGAGAAGAACUAUCCCACUCAUGACUUUGAAUUGGCAGCAGUGGUGAAGUCGGCUAGUAUAGAAAGUCUGUCUCGUUUGAUCUCUUCGGAGCGUCCAUUAGCUAGAGAGGUUCAGACAUUGGCUAACAGUUUUAUGAGGCUGGAUAUUUCUAACACGAAUAGGGUGUUGCCUUAUGUUGAGGCUCGGUCAUCGUUUCUGGAGCAGAUCAAGGCUAAGCAGUUUGAGGAUGCUAAGUUGUGUAAAAUUCGUGAUAAUAUGUUGCUUGGAGAGGCCAAGGAGGCCGUGAUUACGAAGAGGGGCUUUUAG